UAUUGUGAGUCCCCAAGAGUUACCCUAGUCCCUUCCCCAGUACACAUUCAGCUUAUAGCUUGACUAAAGACGUUUUGUACACGUCUAGGGACAUCAGAAGACAGUGGAAGGAGACAUGAUGAGUCGAGAAGAGGUGGAAGAGGAGGCAAUCAGGAUUCAGGCAAAAGGAGACUUGGAGAUGAAGGAGGAGGAGGAGAUCUGUGAGGCUGGAGAGCUUGGUCCGUUUGUGAGUACUGUGCCCACCCUACCCUACAACAAGGGGAUCCAGAUUUCUGAGGCAUGGAAGUAUUUCCACCUGGCCCCUGCUCGUGCUAGUCACCAUCCCAACUAGUACACCACCUGCCGCCUGUGUGGCAGGCAGGUGAGCUGUGGUCCUGGGGUUAAUGUGGGCACCACCGCUCUUUGGGAGCAUCUGAAAAGCAUGCACAGGGAGGAGCUGGAGAAGAGUGGCCACUGCCAGGCGGGGCAGCGCCAGGACCCACGGCUCCCAGGGCCCCAGCUCCCGGUGCCCAUCGAGGGAGACUGGGGCAGGUUCCCAGAGCAGGCCAGCACCCUAGCUUUGUGGGCCAGCCAGAGGGAAAAAGAGGUGCUUAGGAGGGAGAGGGCAGCGUAGUGGCGGGAGAGGGCUAUGGAGAGAUGCGAGCACGCCUUGGAGGAGGUAGGAAGGGCCAUCCUGGAGAUGAAGUUGUUGUGGUAUGGUGGUCUUAGUGACCUUUAUGGCUUUGAAGUAGAUUCUUGCCCCCUGCUCAAACCCAAGAUGUGGUUGUCCGACUCUGCUCUGCUAACUGCUGAGAAGAAGGCAUGCCAGCGUGGAGAGAAGGACCCGAUGGCUGCACAUCCUUUCCAUUUUGUUUAA